AUGACAGACAUUAAAGCGUCUGAUCCCACAUUCCCCAGCGGCGGCAAGGGAGAGCAAGAUGUGCCCGCAUCGGCCCCGCCAGGUCAAAUCCUGACAGGCAAGCAGGAACACUACCUCAAACGUGAGCUGAUCGCCCGACAAGUCCGCGGUGAAAUCUCCGAGCUGAACUCCCCCACCGCGCUGCAGCGCUUCGGCGCCCCCUUUCGAUCGGAAUUCGGCGAGGUUGCGCCCGUCGACUCGGAACUGCCUAUUCUGCGCUAUAUCUUCGUUCACCACGUUCGCAAUUUUCCGUUCUUAGACCAGGCGCGCGAAAAGGAAUUUUGGCAGGAUAAACUUCAAAUCGUGGGUGUUUUCGCUCCGCCGUGGAAGUUUUUGGAAUCGUUCGCCAAUAAGCAUGUCUCGUCUUCAGAGGACCGAUUGGAGGAGACAAAGCGCCGGAAGCUGGCGAGGAAAUGUGAGAAACUUGUGGAGCUCAUGAUGGUUUCGGGUGUGCCAACCGCCUCAGGAUAUGAGGAGCGCAUUCAAUUCUCUGAGAUUGAGGUCGUUGAGCGCGGUGCGCAGGACUCGGGACUGCUGGUCAAUAUCCCCGAGGGCAAUUCGAUCAAUGGUUGGGAUGUCAAUGUUGCCGCUGUUCGGACCACUUCAGUCAAACGAACAGUUCGAUACCACUCGCAUGCCGAAUUCAUUAUUCGGGUUAGUCGUGACGGCAAAGAUGAAGUCCAUGUUGGCCGGAGAUAUGGAGAGUUCGUGAAACUCCGCAAAAGACUGUGCACCGAGAUGCCAGGGAAGCAACUCCCCCCUCUCCCCCGAAAGAACAAGACCUCUAGUACGAGUUGGUGGGGCUCCGCUGCAGAUGACGACGCCUCGUCUAUUUCAUCCCUCUCGACACAGGGCACCAGCGCCCAAAAUGACCGGCUCUCUGCGCCAACCCUCGCCCCCCCAGGGGGCCUCCGGAGAUCAAUUUCCAAGUCAUCGAUGCGAUCUACUAACUCACCGCGCGCAUCGACUGGCGACGUAUCACGGGAGACUGUUCUAUACCGGGAGGCGCAGCGCCUGUCGCUGCGUGCGUUCUUGCGUACAGUCCUGCAAAACAAGCGUGUUGCGGAGUCCAAGGCGAUGGAAGAAUUCUUGACUGCCCGCCCUGUCAAGUUGAACGAGGAGGAGCUGGUUGACGUCCAGAGGCGAAAAGACAUGGAUGCCGUAAGAAUCGAGGAACAGAAAAGAUUCUAUGAAAUUGCCAGGCAGCGAGCUGCGGAUCUCGACGUGUACAUGGAGCGCUUCCGGAGAGACAUCGUGGAGAGCAACGGUCUGACAAAGCUUUUCGCUGAGAUUCGCGAGAAGCCUACAAUUGCAGACCUCAGUCCGCAAUAUCAGAAGUUCGCCGAGUGGCUCCGUAUUGAGGUUGCUGCAACACUAUACCACAUUUUCCUUGCCGAGGAUAACUCCCCAGAGCUGUUUGCGCAGGCCAAGAGAAUUCAUGGCCUUGUUCCAUACACCUUGAUGAAGAACGUAAUUCGCAUCGCCAAUCCUGCGGCUGUCAUGUCUGGUGUUCUCGAUCUGUUUAUGGCUCAGCCAUUUGGCUCGCGGUCGCUUUUGCAGCGUAUCUUCUCUUUGACAUUGAACGAAGGCAUCAAAGAUUUCCAGAGAUCGAUCGACACUCUGGCUGCAAAGGUUGAGGACCCAGUCCUUACUCUGAAGCUCAAGGCUUUCGCAGAUGCGGAGGAAGAAAUCAAGAAUAUAAUUCGAGAGGAGGCUGUCGCCGACGAUGUGGACAUUAUUGUGGCCAUCCUUCGCUCUGAAUACCUCCCUAACGAACUCACCGUUGAACAGAUUGGCAAGGUAUUCAACGGCUACGUGGCUUGGAACCACGCUGUGGAGAAUGUGGAUUUAGAAAUGCAACAGGGUGCGCAAUGGUUUGCUCAUAUGAAGCAGCUCUUGAAGCUUUACACUCGUCAGCGCGACAAGGCCAUGAUGCUCAGUAUUAUUGAGGAACCUGUCACUUUGCAGCUCUUCCGUGACCUCUUCACUAUCUUCUACGAGCCCCUGAUUCGGGUAUACAAGUCCGCCAACGUGUAUGGCAGCAUCACCGACUUUGCUCACUUCGCGGACGACGCGAUCGGUGUCAUAGAGAGCGCCCAGCGCCAGGAUGCCUCUGCCGACCCGAACCAAACGGUGCAAGCCUUUAUCGACCUCUGUGCUCGCCAUGAGGCCAACUUCUACAAAUUCAUCCACGAAGUGCACCAGCACGACAACGGCUUGUUCCAGAAGCUCAUGGCUUGGAUCGAGCAAAUUCUUGAUUUCCUGCGCAACGGCCCCUCAGGGGGCAAGAUGGAUAUCAACGCUUUGUUCCAAGGAGCUGCGGGCGUUGGCCAAAUUGACAGAGAUCUCGCCCUUUCUGAAAUCAACCAGCUGAUCAAAUGGCAAGAAGAUCGCAAACGCUGGCACUUGAACAAGACACGCCAGAAGAUGGCCGCUGAAGGUACUUCUGGGGAUGUCAUCCCUGGUGUUGGUGCCUUCAAUAGCAGUGAUUUCGGCCUUGAUGAGGCUGAUCUAGAAGACCUUACUAUCUCAGAUGAGGCCUCCGAUGCCUCUGACGAAGAUAGUGCAGACGAAGAUAUGGACGAUCCUAUUGCUGUUGAGCGCCGCCGACGCACCAAGAAGCAAGACCAACUUCGCCGCACCGCCGGAGAACCUGCCAAGCCCAAUGUUACUGAGAUUCUCAAGCUCGCUGAUCCUUUCAACAUCAUGUUGCGACAUGUGCUUGCUGACUGA